CAAGCCUCGGCAACCCAGAUGGACUCGCCAACCGUCAACCCGGAAGCAGCUCCAGCAUCGUCCGCCCAGCAAGAUGAAGCAAGCAUUGCCAGGAUCCAGACUCUUCUCCAGUCGCAAGACGACACGCAGCGAUUCGUCGGCCUAGCCCUGCUCAAAUCCGUCCUCGACAAUUCCCCCGAGAUCCGGCAGAACCAUGAAGCUCUUCAGGCGUUAUGGGACAGCAUCCCGGCCAAGUUCCUCGACCGGCUCUUGCGCACCGGGUCGAAUCCCUCCAAGCCGGAAUCCAGAGAGAUGCUCGACUUGGCCGUGUCCGUCCUGCACACCUUUGUUGCUCUCUUGCCUGCAGAGGCCAUCUCGCAGCCCAAGUUUACAGAGAGGAUCCCCAGGCUUGUCAAUGCUGCAUUAUACGGGUCUGACGAGACGCUCACCAUGCUUCUACUGCUGCUCUUUGCCCUCGUCAGCUCUCGGGAGGGCGCCAUGGAGCUCGUAAAGAUGGAAGACUUGAGCUCCCUUACUGAAAUUGCUCCGUCGCGCGCCAUUGUCAUGGAUAUCCUGCGACAUGCCUGGCUCAACGCCAUGGUAGUAGUGGACGACACGUCAUAUCUGGCUGACCGUAUAGAUGUGAAUGUGCAGGCACUGGUUUCGUCUUUCAAGGGGACUGACGCCGUGACGUUUCUCGAGUUCCUAGGACUGCUGCUUCGGCAAGCAAACCCAGCGAUUAUUCCUCAAAAUCCGCAGUGGCUCAGCCCGGUCGUCCACUUCAUCCAGAACCUGGUCAUCAGUCGGCCAAACGCGGCAGCCCGGUCAGCCUACACAAAUGCCGCCGCGUCACUUCUCAGGGCGUACCCCAAUGAAGCCUCAGAGUUGAUCUUCAAAGCCGAAAAAACGGAUGAAACGCCAUUUUCCUAUCUCUUUGUCAACCUCCUCCUCAUCGACAUCCGCUCAUCAGCGCCACUGCUACUGGAGCAACUCAACAAGCCCGAGUACCCAAGCAUGUCUCGCAGGCUCGCUUCUGCAUUUGACAUUAUCUGCAUCUUCAUAGGGCAUCUGAUCCGCUCGUUGGAAGAUGAGUCUCUUGAGACCCUCAUCAUGUCGCCAGACAACCUCCUCAAGCUGCGCAAGGGCAUUUCAGAAACCAUGUCAGUCACCAUCGAGUACCUCCGUGACCGGUGGGAUGCCACGUUUACCGGAGCGAUGGGAUUGCAUCCAGAUGCUCGAUCCAGCAAGGCGGAAACAUCCACGGGUUCACAUCAUACUCUCAGAUGGGACUCGCUGGAAACCCUUGCAGACGACGAUCCCUUCAUCCUCUCCGCCGUGAGGGCCCUCGCUAUCUGGCUACGUGAAGACGAGAACGAGAUGCUGCGGAAAGAAGCCACCGGCUUGACGGACAUGUUCAUGGACCUCUAUCGCGGCAGCUCGUCCGACAAGCUCGACUUCCGAUCCCCGACGCUCGUCGCUCUGGAAGGCCUCGUGGCCUUUGAAAAGGGUCGAACCAUUCUCCUGAAACACGACGGCUGGCAAACGCUCAGCAAGGACCUGGCCGACAUUCUCCAGCAGGAUCCUUCCACCAUCACCGAGGACGAUGCGUCUCGCGGCCUCGAGAUUGUCCGCGUGCUCCUCCCCGUGGCGGAGCAAAACAGCAGCGAUACUCCAGAGGAGUGGAUGGGUCUUGUCACGGCGGUCGCGGCGUGGGACGUCUUUCGUGAGAGGCAGGCUCAUCCUUUGGUUCUGGAGCUGCAGGUUGCGACCCUCCAGCUUUGCUGUGCGUUAUUGGUCAAGGCGAGCCCUGGGAUGAGGAAGAGAUACACGCAUACAAUCAGUGCGCUGGUGGGUAUCUCAAUGCAGUUGGGGACGGGCAUUCCGGGGGACAGCUUCUUGAAGGAGGCGAUGGACGAUGUAUUGAAUGUACUGGGUAGUAUGUCGAGAGGUUCAUGA